AUGAAGAGCACGCGCAGGUGUCGCGCGCUGCUGUCCGUGGGUCUGAACUUCGCGGCGCUGCUCUUCUCCACCACGGCGUUCAUGAGCACGUACUGGUGCGUGGGCACGCAACGCGUCCCCAAACCCACGUGCAGCAAAGUGCGCCGCUUCAACUGCAUCGACUACGGCGUGAACGAGACGGACCAGAGCAAAGUGCACUACAGCUGGGAGACCGGGGACGACCGCUUCCUCUUCCGCCGCUUCCACACCGGCAUCUGGUACUCGUGCGAGGAGAACGUGCACGAGGGAGGUGAAAAGUGUCGCAGUUUCAUAGACCUGGCUCCAGCUUCAGAGAGAGGAGUGCUGUGGCUGUCCGUGGUCUCGGAGGUCCUGUACAUUCUUCUGCUGGUGGUUGGUUUCAGUCUCAUGUGUCUCGAGCUCUUUCACUCCACCAACGUCAUCGAUGGACUCAAACUCAACGCCUUCGCCGCCGUCUUCACCGUGCUCUCAGGGCUGCUCGGGAUGGUGGCUCACAUGAUGUACACUCAGGUGUUUCAGAUCACUGUGAGUCUGGGCCCUGAGGACUGGAGGCCGCACAGCUGGGACUACGGAUGGUCCUUCUGUCUGGCGUGGGCGUCGUUCACCUGCUGCAUGUCGGCCUCCGUCACCACGCUCAACUCCUACACCAAAACCGUCAUCGAGUUCCGACACAAACGUAAACUUUUCGAGCAGGGUUUGAGGGAGGAGCACACGUACCUGGACCCGGACGCCUUCCACUACUUCAGAGAGCGCCCCCUGCAGUCCAUCUCCGGAGCCGUGGAGGUCUACCCCAGCCACAGCCCGCCCGUGCCCGCCGACGCUGCACCGAGCCGGGGCAAGGCCAGAGCGCAGAGACCCCCCCUGGAGCUGGACAACACGGACUCACUCGGGGAGGAGCAGUGCUGA